ACAAUAAAGCGUUGCACUUUCGAGGACUGCAAACAAUGAAGGUGCUACUGUUGGCACUCGUGCUGGUCUACGUUAAUGUGGACGCCAGGUCUUUAAGUGCUAAGUCCAAGAGUGUUUUGGAUGAAAUACCUGAACAAGACCAACAAACUUUUAUCAAGAAACAGUUGCUCAUUGGGUACUUGCUCCAAAACCAGGAUAUUGCUAUCACAGUGUCAAAUGAUGUUACUUUAGAUAUUUACAAUUAUUAUCUGACCAACAACUUAAUAACUGACAAGGAGAGACUGCAAGCUCUUGGUGACACAAUUUGCUUUCCAAAUGGUGACUGUAUUGACCCAGAUGAUCCAGGAGUAUAUCCAUUUUCCAAAAAGGAAUAAAACUGUAUGGAUGCAAAGUAAAAUUAUGUUGUAAAUAAAUAUAUUAAUAAAUAAAUAAGCAAACUUA